AGCUCCGAAGGUUUAUAGACGCAGUGAAUCCCGGCCGUUUACCAGUAGCGCGGAGCCCUUGGUUGGGAGCGCACGUCCAGUUACAAAAAACAAUUCCGAAGCCGCGAAAUUAUAACGAUCAAUAACACAAAGCCGCGUGCAAAAUAAAAACGUCAGCAUUAUUAUCAAAAACGAAUCGCGUGCGUUCCAAUUUUACCAGUAAAUUACAGGUGUCAAUUAAGAUAUCGAUGAUUUCGCGUGACAACCGGUGUCAACAAUGUAGCCAUAGUGACGCGCUCUGUUGACGUUUUGACACGAUUAAUUCUUUACGAUAAUCACAAUGAAAAUAAUUUAUAUGAAAUAUAUUAAAUUUCAAUGUUUGUUAUUUUUAAAAAUUGGACAGAACCAAUUUUAAUUGUUAAUUUGUUAAUAAAUAUAGAAGACGAAGCCAAAAUGGGGAAUGGUAUGAAUAAGGUGCUGCCGGGCCUGUACGUGGGUAAUUACAGAGAUUCGAAGGAUCCCAUUCAACUGGACAAGUACAAGAUAACACACAUCCUCUCCAUUCAUGAUGCGGCCAGAAGAUUACACGCUGAUAAACACUACUUAUGCAUCAUGGCGUCAGAUUCUCCGGAUCAGAAUCUCACCCAAUACUUCAGUCUCUGUAAUGACUUCAUACACGCUGCGAGACUGAGAGAAGGGAAUGUCUUGAUACAUUGUCUGGCAGGGAUGUCUCGCAGCGUCACUGUGGCUGUGGCGUACAUAAUGUCAGUUACUCCGCUGACUUGGCGUGAAGCAUUGAAAGUCGUCAGAGCGGGUCGAGCCGUCGCCAACCCUAAUCUUGGAUUUCAGAGGCAAUUGCAAGACUUUGAAACGUAUAAGCUUGUGGAAGAGAGGAGACGUUUAAAAGAGCGAUAUCCGUCGCUGGCGCUAGCUGACAGUGACCUCUCGGAGUGCAGAGUGAUGCUUGACUCCUAUCAGACGAUGCUCAACCAGCGAACUAUUUGUGAGGGCAAGUGCUCUAUGGGACGGCAGUGUCCCACUGGCGUCUGCAGAACUGGUUCUAAAAGACAGCCAAGACCUCGAAGACCGUCUACCACAAACGAGGAACCGUCCGGAAUUAAGAGAUCGCCAUCAACUCUGUCCACAACGUCCACAGCGUCUGCUUAUAGGCCGCGAUCUUCGCCAGCCGGCCUCUAUAGUUAUACUGGAGUCCCUUCCCGUCCUGUUCGUUCGGCGUCUGGUCUCUCCAUGACCCGUGUGUCUGACCUUGGCGGAUCGGCGGUAGCCGUGGGCGGCAGUGAGUACUCCCGCAGGCGCGCCGCCUCAGCACCAGCGACCCCUGCCGCGUCUCCGCCCGCCUCCCCGCACAGGACGCCGCAAAGCGGCGGUUGUGCAUGGAUCAUACCUUCAGUGAAUUGGAACCCCGAGUCUUUGUGAUUACGUCAUUGCCCGCACCAGCUGGCAUCACAAGAUCACGUGCGCUACAACGUUGUUCGUAGCAAACGUCUACGAGGCUACGACCUCUACGCUGAUGCUACGUCCGCCUUACUCCCCUUGUAUUGUGUUCAUUUGUGCGAUUGAGCUUACGCCUGAAUAUGAUAGUAUAAUUUACAUACAAGGGAUUGCAGUGAAUGCUAUAUUAUUUACACCUUUUAUAUAAGGGCAGCUAGCAUGAAUACGCUUUCUUUAUGAGGAAAAAGUGUAAUUGUGGACGAUUAAAUUUGAUUUAAAACUAGUAUUAAAGAAAAAAAAAAUUCCAAAAAACUAAUACAUCGAUGAUUUAAGAUUCGGAAUUGUUAAAACUAAGGUCUAAGAAUUAUUUACACACCGUUUAACUGUCAGCGUGUGACGGACGGGUACAACGCAUUAACAUAAGAAGUAAUGUUAUGGUGUAUUAAAAAUAAUAUUUUAAUAAAAAUUUAAUAUUAUUUGAGAGUACAAGUGAAACGUUAAGGUUUUAACAUUGUGAUGCUAUCGGGACAAAGGUCUGGCUGGUCCAGCUUAAAGUACAUUUUUAUAUUAAGCUAAAAUGUACAUUUACUGUAAGAUUCUUCUCCACUGAUUUAAAUGUAAUUUCUCUCACCUUUUGUAAUAAACAAGGUGCUUUCUUGUAUCGCUUGCAAUCUACUUACUUAGUGUAUAUAAAAACUAUUUACUAUUCCUCAAAUUUAUUGAUUAGAAUUCUCGAAAUAUUUUUAGUCUUAGGUUAUAAUAAACUAAUCGACAAUUAAUUUACACUGCUUAGCAGUUUCAAAAUGAACUUUAUUCUUGGCAUAAAACCUCCUUCGCACUAUGUAACGUAAUAUAAACCAAAGCGCGCGAAAUCACGUUAGUGUGAAUUAAUUUUAGAACACUUGGUUGUGCUGUAAUCUAAGAACCAAAGUGCAACAACGAUUCCUAACUUAUCUAAACUCAAAUAAAAUCUUAAUUUUCUUGACUUUCUCCUCUGAAUUAGUAACUAAGUGUAGUCUUCAGUUAAUAUCUCUAUAGUGAAUGAUAAGUUGUGAAAAUUUUGCAUAUCUCUUUCUCUCUUACUAGGGCUUAGCCAGAUAGAAAUUGUGAUUUAGAUGCCUUCAAUGGUGGCUAAUAGAUACUAGUUAUAAAAUCAUUUGUGAUCUGCCGUUGAAGCUUUUUUUAUAAAUUGAACACAAAAUCAAUUUCUGGACGGUUAAAGAAUGUUAUGAAUGAAGGAGUCCAUUUUUAACUGUCAAAAUCAAUAUCACUAAACGUCACUUUACGAUCAAAUACGACAAUAUUUGAAAAAAAAAUAUAUAGGUACAUACACGCACUAUUUUUGUCGAUUUUAUAAUUAUUAUAAAGUUUAAUUUAUAUCCACCUAAUGUAAGAGCGGUUACAUAUUUUGUUUGUUGUAGCUAUAUACAAUAAAGUGUUUCAUGUUGUUAUUGAUGAGAAGUUUGACGUUUUGUUGUAUUCUAAGGUGUAUUUUGUUGAGCCUCAAUAUUAUUAAGAAAGAAGCAAUAAGAGGACAUUGAUUCUAAAUAAUUAGGUAUAUAUUUUUAUUAAAAAAAAUAUAUAUAUAUAUUAUUAAAA